GUAGAAAGGCAAGGCCGAACCAGCGUGUUGCAACAAAAAAUACGGGCCAAGGGGGUCUGUAAAAGGUUUGGCUUCAGUGUGCCCCGUACUACGCUCCAACGUGGUCUUCCUCAGUCUCAUCCCAUGAAAUAACUCUAUUUAUUACUUCCGUUACAAAUCGUUUAAUAUUAUAAUAAGGAAUCCAAAUCUCUUUCAAUAAUUUUGCAACUGACAGCUUGAGUUCCACUAUGGCGGAGAGAUUCCUAUUAUUAGUGAUAAUGGCAUCAGUAACGGAGUCUCCAUUCAUGAUACUCGCUUCAACACUUCAAGACCCUUUGCUUUUCGAACGCGAGGUAGCAGCCCAUAGGUGGUCUCCCUUGGUGUGGCUCCAUCCCUCCGAGGCCUACUUCCCAAGUUCUGUGCCCUUUUUCCUACGGCACAUCACUCCGAGCACAACCAAAGGACAUGCUGAGGGUUCGAGAGCACCGGGAUUGAACUUGCCCUCGGGAAGGCCUAGCCGGAACUUUUAUCUCCUCGCACCUCAUAACUUUGAAUGUCUGGACUGUACACUGCCUGGAUUUCUUCAUGGUCAAAAACCACAGAAGAAGUAUUCUCCUCCAGUAUAUGUCACUAUACAUACAUGCCCUUCACUCUCCUCAUCACGAGCUGUUAGAAAUACUCUGAACUCUCUUACCAAUGAUAAGUUCAUCAGCCUCAACACCUAUAAUAAUAUUCCAGAUGAUGUUACAACAAUGUCCAUUUCUCAAGCAGACCACAGACCCACAUUUUCUGUCACAAAUACUACUAUGCAACAAAAUAUAUCUUCUCUUUCUACAGAUUCUACAUAUUUACUGCCUAAUAUUUUUUCCCAAAUUAAUCAAACUCAACCAAGGAAAAUACAUUCCUCUGUUUCUACUCUUGAAGCAAGAAACUCACAAUAUGUUUCCUAUGAAGAAAAUACUACCACAAGCUUUUCAGUUUGCAUCAGUAAUGGCACUUUAUGCCAUAAAAGCACUAGUAGAGAGAAAACUCAUACAAACAUGACAAAAAUCCAGACUGCUGAUGAUUCAAGUAAUCUAGACACCAGAAACAUCAGAUUCAUAGAUAAUAUUCUGCUGAACACUACUGUAACUCCAUACAUGAAUGAAUCACAGUUCACACAAAAAUAUUUUACUAAAUUUCUAAAUUCAUCAGAACCACAAAAUAAUACUCAAGUGGAUGACACAAAUGAUCUGAGAAACAAUACCAAAUUAACUUCAAUAAGACAGUACCGUAACAAUGAAGAGCAACAUCCAAGAGCACCCAGUAACAAAGACCGACUCCUUCCCUCUGAACAACAAUAUACUGUAACCUACUGGAUGUUUUAUCCUUACAACAGAGGCAAAAAUAUAUGCACUAUUAAUCUUGGAUUUUUUGGACAAAUGUUCAAGGUAAAAGUAAAUGGUGUAUGCUAUGGUGAGGAAAUCACUUUGGGAAACCAUGUUGGAGACUGGGAGCAUGUAUCAAUCAAAUUCAAAGGUAGUAAGCCGACUCAUAUGUAUGUGUCAGCCCACACUUUUGGGGCUUACUACACCUAUGAUGCCACAAACAACAGGUUUAUCUAUGAAUAUGAAGACACAAGAGAGGGCAUUCCCAUGUCACCAGUUUAUCCCAAAAUUAUUCACCUCUCAGGAGGAUCUCAUCCUAUUCUUUAUUCAGCAAGAGGAUCUCAUGGUUUAUGGGGAGCUGAAGGUACCAAUCAGUACAACUCACUACCACUGCUGCAAGAUGAAACGGGUAAAGGUACACCUUGGAAAAUAUGGAAGAAUCUAAAACUCAUAGAUGUGCAAGAUCCACUAUCAAUGCAACCAUAUAGACACUGGUGGAAAUAUGAGGGAAGAUGGGGCAAUCCAAGUUCCAAAUGCCAUGUACUGCUGGCAGGCCUUUGUGAACAUGUCAAAGGGCCAACAGGAAUACCAAGAAAACGAGUUAAUUUUCCUUGUCAAAACAUCUGAUCUUCAGAAACUGUUUUAUCAGUAGCAUUUUUUCUCUCUCUCUCUCUCUCUCUCUCUCUCUCUCUCUCUCUCUCUCUCUCUCUCUCUCUCUCUCUCUCUCUCUCUCUCUCUCUCUCUCUCUCUCUCUUUGUGCAGUUUGUACACAAUCUUCUGCUACUGCAGGGUUCACUACUGAGUUUAUCUUCUAUCACAGUGAUCCUUAAAAAUACAAAAUUAUGUUUACUUAUGUUUAUCAUAAUCCUGAAAUUGCUGUACUAACUGAAAAUCUCAAGACCCCUAUUUCCUCUGAAGCACUUCAAGGAGUAAAUAUCUUUGAUGGACAUAUUUUUGUGACUUGGUUUAUUGAAUAAAUUCACAAAUAUUUCAAGGUACAUCUUAUCUAAUUAGAGAAAUAAUAUGACAGUAAAACAGGAAAACCAUUAAUAUUUUAUGACUUGAAUAUCAUUUAGGUAGAAAAGCAAUCUGUUUCUCAAAGUUAUUCCUAUGAAUGUUGUCCUACAUUUUCCCACAAAUUCUGCAAGGCAUUUCACUGAGAAUGUUUCACAGUUCUGUAAUUUUCAUUUCAUGCAGGACCAAUAGUUCUCAACUGGGAUGAAAUCUGGCAAAUGACCAGAUCAAAGAAACAAUUGCAUAUUAUUUAUCUAAGGAAAAUCAGUUAAGCGUGACACAUACACACACACACUCCAAUCAUGUUUACAAUAUACAUAAAUGAUAUGGUGGAAUGAAUAGAAAGCUAUAUGAGUUUGUUUGCUGCUGAUGCAAAAUUGUAAAAAAAAAAUAGAGAAAGAUGACGAUUGCAUGGCUCUAUAGCAAGAUCUGGAAAGGAUACAGGAUUGGUCCCUUAAAUGGAAGAUGGAAUUUAACAAAGAAAUGCAGUGACAGAUUUUGGGAAAAGCAUGAGAAGACCAAGAGGCAUAUACACAAUGGGAAAUGAGUGUAUCAAAAAGAAAACAAGAAAAGAUCUCAGGGUAACCACAGUGGAUAGCUUGUCACCAGAAAAGCAUAUAAAUAAAAUCACAGCCAAAACUUAUGACCUGUUAAGAAACAUCAAGGCAGCUUUCAAUUAUACAGACAGAAAUGACUAGGAAACUGAUUACAAUCCUAAUAAGGCCAAGAUUGGAGUAUGCAGCCCUAGUAUGGUCUCUAAACUUGAAAAAACACUAAAGAAGACUAGAAAGAAUCCAGAGAGCAGCCUCAAAACUUCCUUCAAAUUUAAGGGAACUAUCAUAUGAAGAGAGACUGAAGGCAUUAAAAUGGACAACUUUGGAACAGAGGAGGGAAAAAGGAAAUUUAAUAGGGGUAUAUAAAGCUACAAAAGGAUUAGAAAGAACUGACAAUGAAGACUUGAUUUGGGAUACCAGGGUCACUAGAGGACAUGGAAAGAAACUGAAAAAGAGCUACAGCAGGAUAUAAAAAACUCAGCAAUGGUGUGUUGAUGUGUGGAAUGCAUUGGAUGCAAAAGUCAUCAACACUAAAACCCUGCACAAAUUUAAGGAAGGACUAGACAUUUGUAGAUAUGGAGACAGGACAACACGAGCAAAGCUCUCUCCCUGUAUGUUACAACUAGGUAAUUACAACUAGGUAAUUACACACACUCUCACAGCAGUGGUUGUGGCAGGUGGAUGUCUCCAUCUCAGCUCCAGCUCCUACCAGAACUUAGACCAUAUGUACAGGGUUAAAGAAUGCUGUCCUAUCUCCAGUAUACUCGUAGAUAAUAGAGUAAGGGAAAUAGUGUGGUAAAAAUAACUAUUGAAAGGAAGAUUCUGGAAGGGCAGUGAACUUUUUUCCAACUGUAACUGGUUUGCUUAAGCAAACCACCUGUCUCAUGGUUAAGAUCAAGAUAGCACAAGGGUUAUCAACUUAUUAGGGAAGCCAUGCUAAUUUUCUGUGAUUCAGUGAUGGGGAGCAGAAUGUGGGUAGAAUGAAUAGGAGGUUAUGGAAAGUAGUAGAGGAUUAUGUAAAAUGAAGAAAGAAGGUGAGAGAGUUGGCUGGAGCAGUGAGAAACUGGAAUCUGGAUAUGAAUGGUGAGAAUAUGAAGAGUAUUGUGAGAGAACUGAGGGACAUCAAGCAAUGAGAGGAGAGGGAAAAUGAAAAGAAAUUAAGAGAAGAGGUACAAAAACCUGCAGAUCAAAAUACUAAAAAUGAAGCCAAGAUUGCAACUUUAAAGAGGGCAAAUGAAGAGCUGAAAAGUAGACCGGAGAAGGAGAAUAAGAAGAGUAAGGGUGUUAUGAGAGAUAAGUGCAUGAUAUAAUGAAACAGGAAGCCCAUAGCUGAAAGGAGGAAAGAGAAAAACGUAAGACUGAUGUAAAGGAAAUAUUCAGGCAACAAAAGGAUGAACAUGAUAAGCAGAUUGAAAAAAAGUGGUUAAAAUAAUAAAGAAAAAGAGCAAAUAGUAAGAGAUACAGUACAUAAGAUGUGUGUUAUGAUAUUUGGUGAUAAGGAAAAGAAAUUACCAAAUAAGACUGUAAGAGAAAGAGAGGAACUUAAGAGAGCAAAGGAAAUAGUAGCAGCAGUAGUGAGUGAGGAAGGGGAGGAAAUAAUGGAGCAAAUACAAGAUGUUCAGAGGAUUGGCAAAUAUGCUGAAAACGGAGUAAGGACUCUAAAAAUUUGAUUUAGUACUCAAAUGGCAGCGGAAACUGUAAUGGCAGGGUUAGGAAAUGCUGGAAAUGAAAACACAACCCUAUUCAGUGACAUGUUGUUGACAUUUCAGCAGCUGUGCUGUGUUCUUCGCCUCACCUCCGUGACUAGGCCACAGAGUAGAACCUGUUUUAUUACUUCAGUCAUGUAGGAUAUUUUUACUAUUAUGAUUGCUUUUUGUUCAGCUGUACUGCUAGCUUGCUUUAAAACAUUACAUGCUUAAAUACAUAAAAAAUAAAAAAAUAAAUAAAUUUUCCUGAAUAUGUCCUGCUGAAAUGGGGUGUGUCUUUCAUGCCCAUGUGUCUUAUAUGCCAUUGAAUACAGUAUGUAUUUUAGUAUUAAGUAAUGUUUAAAUAUACGAAGG